GUUAAAAUCAAACCUUUUGUUAAGAUCAAAUACUGAUUGGUUAAUUAUCUAAUUCCUAUAAAUUUGAAUAGGCUAUUCCAAUUAGGGUUUGUUGAUUUGCAUGUGUACUCGUGCCUGUGCAUUUGUUAUUUUUUAUUAUUUUUUUUCUCUAGUUGAUUGGUCGAAAUCGCUAUUGGUAUUCACAAUUCAAAUAUUAAGCUUGUGAUUUGCAUGUAUACCAACUUUGUGUACAUAGUAUGGCGUGUUUGAUACGUACUGUUUUUCCCAGAAAGGUGGAUGAUUCCAAUGGAUUAUGUUCGCCUAAUGUGGAUACUAACAUGCCUUUAGAAGAAAUUCCAAUGGAGGAGUCUGUCAGAAAUAUUUUAACUGAGGAACAAAUAUAUGAUGAUGAAUGGUCAAUUAGUAGAAAUAAAUUAUACUUUAUUGUCCAAUUUUCUGUAUCGGAUUCGAAUAAGAUGGAACGUAUCCUUGACAAACUAGCGUAUUUCAAUAUUGGAAAAACACUUGACUCGUCCAUUAUGGUUACAGAGCCCACGAUAAAUGUUCAAAAACGUAAUAAAGGAGAAAAAUCCGGUGUUAUAUCAUAUUCAGCAAUUCAAAACUUUAUUGGAACUCUGAAAUCACGAUUGUGUGUUGCUCAGGUUUACAACGAGAUUAAUCAACGUGGAUCGUUUGAUAUGAAUUAUUUAUGUUUCCUACUGUGUGCAGCUAUUGUGGCAAAUAUAGCUCUCGUAACCAAUUCUGCUGGCGUUGUAUUUGCAAGUAUGCUAUUAUCUCCUUUGAUGGAUCCAAUUAUGUGUAUUCUUUUUGGUUUGAAUUUACGUGAUCGUAAUAUGACAACUAAAGGUAUUCGUAACACAUCGAUUUCACUAAUUAUCUGUGUUAUGAUUGGAUUAACGUUUGGUUAUGUGGCACAUGCAAUUAGUGCUUUUCAAGAUGUUACACCAUAUCCCACAAGCGAGAUGGUUCAAAGGGGUGAACUACGAUCUUUUAUUGGAUCAAUGCUUGUAGCAGCAUUUUCUGGUGUUAGUGUUUCUUUCGCUAUACUAAGUAAGCGACUAUCAGCUUUAAUUGGGAAUGCAAUAUCACUUUCAUUAUUACCACCAGCAGUUAACUGCGGUCAUUUGUUAUUACUCUCUCUUCUGGCCAUCUCCACUGGAGAGAAACGUGAGUAUGAAACAACAACAGAUGUGGAAUCGAAUGUUACAGCCACAUUGCAUUAUUGUACAUAUCCAUGGAUUCGACAAUACGAAUUUAUCUAUAUGCGAAAUCAUUGUAAUGCUCCUUUGGAAUUCCUUUACGUUGGUUUAUCAAGCUUCUGUCUUGUAACAAUGAACAUCAUGUUAAUUCUAGUUACUGGAUAUACGGUGAAUAAGAUUAAAAAUCUGGUCCCACUUUCGUUUACAAAUGAAAUCACUCGGAGAUUUUAUCAAAAAGAUUUACGAGAGGUUCGUGAAAAUUACAAAUGUCUGCAUAAAUUUGAUGCAGCCGGUUUAGCCACUUAUGCAUAUAAUGAGUAUUUACGUUUAAAUAAAAUUAAUACACAUGAUGAUGAGCUAACAAAUUUGGAUAUUGAAGAUGCAGAUCAAAUUGCCAAUGACUUUCAUACAAUUAUGAAGGAUCUCAAAAAGGAUCCCUAUCUGCAAACUAUUACUGCAGAAACAACCCAAGGUGAUAACAGCUUCUUGAAGAGAUUUAUGGAGAAAUCCGACGAAUUAUCAUCGAGAAACGCUGUGAAACGAGUAAAAAAGCGCCAUACAUUUUGUUAUCCCGAUAAAAAGUCUAUGAUGUCCCAAGAUGAAACAGUUGGCAAUAAUAUUAAUGGCACUACAAAUAUUAAUAAAACUAUUAACACUACCAGUCGUCCUACGCUUGUCAAUAAACAUAUCAACAGUAACACAUGUCAUAAUCUUGACAACAGGAAUAAUAAUAAUGUUACACGAGUAAAGCUAGCGUCUGAAAUUAGACCCUCAAGUUUUGCUAAUGAAGUAAGUUGAUUUUACUGGUAAACAAAGUAAUAUUUUGUUGUGUCAAAUGAUAACAGAAAUAUUCUUUAUUAUUUUUUAAAUGGAUAAGUUGGUUAGAGAAAUGUUUGUAAAAUCUUAACGGUCUUUAAGAUUCACAUAUUAUUUAACAUUAUAAUCAAGAACUAUGGUGUACAAAUUGCUUCGUAGAUGUUGAACUAGUUCAUACAAGAAUGUGUGAUAUAUAAACCAAAUUGUUUGGUAAACUUGCAACAGAACUCCAUUUUAUGAUUAGCUUGAAAGAGACCAAACAAUCACUAAUAUUCUAUUUUUAUUAGCUAAUUAAUCGAUUUACCAUUAAAAUAUCUUACUAGAUAGUUUUAUCCACUUAAAUUUAAUAAGAAAUAUCAGGCUCAAUAAAGACUAGAAUCCCGAAUUACUACCUGACGAGAACCUUGUUUUUCUAGCGAUUUAUGACUGGGUUCAUCUUCUCUUUGCCGAUUUGUAAGUUUCCAAGUACCUAUAUGUGUAUAUCAUCGAGAAAACACAGAGAUCAUUUACUUUUUUCAACGGUAUUAAGUACCCUCAAUUUAGCUAGUAUGAUCUAUAAUUGUUUGUAGUCCUCAUUUAAUUUUAUCUUCUCCAAACUAUUUACCAGGUAUAUGUUAAUCGGAUAACAAAUAAACUAGUUGCUGGAAUAAACUACAUCCAACGAUUCCUAAAAGUGCUAUCACAUCUUCGACUGAUGUGACAUCAUUAAAAUUGAUAUAGAUAACUUCAAAACAAAAUGAAAAUAACUUAACCGCUCCUGUUAUUUUACUUCGAAGUGAUUUAACAAAUUCAAAUUAUGACCCGAAAAUUCGAAUAUUUUAAAAUGACAUUAUACCUUAAUAUCAGUUGACAAAGCCAUUAGUUGAUAGAUAGGUGAGUUUUCCACUUCCUAUAGUCUUCUGUAAUAAUUAUCGGUCAUUUUGGUUUGACUUUCCAAGUACCCUCAUGAAUUGACAAACAUAAAAUGUAAAGAUGGUUGGAAGGAAGUUUCGUGAUUUCCCGUGAUAUUCCUAUCAAGAACGUGAAUUAUAUCCAGUUCCGUUGUAGUUUUUUAGAGCUCAAAAAGAAUAUGGGUAUAGAUUUCAGAUUAGUUGAACAUAUUCCCGAGGGUCAUUAAACUUUUUAUUCGUUAUUUUUUUUCAAACAAAGUAGCUUGGAUAAUCAGUUAGUCAUAACUUUUACCUUUCUAAGCAGAUUUCUUACUCUUUUAUUCAUGAAAACUGAAAUAGAAUCUUAAAACAAAUGAUGUCCAGUUUUCACCAUUAAUUGAAAAGGGCAAAUAUCGAAAAUGUCCAAUGAUAUAUGAGAUUACAGAAUCGAAAAUGAGAACUUCCAGUUCUACAGGAAGAUUUGAAGUGGUGUCUGUAGAAUGUCAAUCAGAAUCUACAUAUGAUCCAGAACAGGAUGAUAAGGGCGAGAACAACACUAUGUUGAGAAGAAACGUUUGAGAAAACCAAAGUAAAAUAUAGAAAACAGCAACCAUCACAACAAAAUAUUGUUUACAUUACGGUUAUCUCAAUUUUAAGAUUUAUCUUUAAAAAAACAAGUGUCUAUCACUUCAAUUUUAUCAAAAAUAAAUCUAUAUUAGAUUGACUGAUUUAUCUAAUAAAAAGAUGACGAUUAUCAUUGUUUUU